UCUCGAAUCUCAUCAACCUCCCGAAAAAAGUUCAUUCCCGACAACCUCGACAGUCAACCACCCAACGCCGGCCAGCCACCAGUCGAUUGCCUCCUGAGGAACCAUCAGCAUAAGCAAUCAUGGGUAUCUCGAGAGAUUCCCGCCACAAGCGCUCCGCUUCCGGUGCCAAGCGCGCCUACUACCGGAAGAAGCGCGCUUUCGAGGCCGGUCGCCAGGGUGCCAACACCCGUAUCGGCCCCAAGCGAGUCCACACCGUCCGCACCCGCGGCGGCAACCACAAGUACCGCGCCCUCCGCCUCGACUCCGGUAACUUUGCCUGGGCCUCCGAGGGCUGCACCCGCAAGACCCGCGUCAUCGGCGUCGCCUACCACCCCUCCAACAACGAGCUCGUCCGCACAAACACCCUGACCAAGUCCGCCGUCGUCCAGAUCGACGCCGCCCCCUUCCGUCAGUGGUACGAGGCCCACUACGGCCAGAACCUCGGCCGUCGCCGCCAGCAGAAGCAGCAGGCCGCCGCCGGCGUCAAGGAGGACGAGACCAAGAAGUCCAAGUCCGUCGAGAAGAAGCAGGCUGAGCGCUUCGCCGCUGAGGGCAAGGUCGAGAACGUUCUUGAGAAGCAGUUCGAGGCCGGUCGCCUGUACGCCGUCAUCUCUUCCCGCCCCGGCCAGUCCGGUCGCUGCGACGGAUACAUCCUCGAGGGCGAGGAGCUCGCCUUCUACCAGCGCAAGCUCCACAAGUAAACGUAUCGCCUUUCGUUUACAGGGGUUGCUGCGUGAAAAGCCAUGUCUUAACGAUUACAGCGUCGCGUUGUGGGCGUAUGGGAUGUGGAAUGGAGGGGGAAAAACUAGAUAACUGUGACUCUCUCACGGAAUCAACUUUACGGGAAUGAAAAAAAAAACAUUUUAUCGGGCUCUUGGGUUGUUCUUGGUGUUCAACAGGUUUUGCUUUUCGUCUGGCAAGCCAUCAUGGGGCGUGAUCAGCUUACAAUGAAAUGUAGGCUCGGAAAAGCUACCCGAGUCCACGGACGGAUAUGGGUUAUUAGGAAGACUCAAAAAGACUAUACCACCAAGUUUUUGCCUGCCGUAAUCACUCUUCG